GUCUGGGAGAGGGGGACACCGCGGCGGACAAGGGGACACCGCGGCGAGGAGAGGGGGUCACUCCAGGCGGAGAGGGGGUCACUGGCCUGGGAGAGGGGGACACCCCGGCGAAGCCGAAGCUCCCGAGAGGGAGUCGUCUCCUCCUGCCUGACGCCGCACAGCCCGGAGCCGUCAUGGGGAACAGUCUGAGCGGCGAGGGCGGCACUGCCUCCUCGGCGCUCCCGUCGCUGGGCCUGGGCGCGCCCCUGCACGUCACCCUCCUGGGGCUCGACUCGGCCGGCAAGACGGCGCUGCUCUACCGCCUCAAGCUGGGCGAGUUCCUCCACACCACGCCCACCGUGAGCUUCAACACCGAGCGCCUGCGCCUGCAGGUCGCGGAGCCGUCGCCACCACCGGCAGCGGCGGCAGCGCUGGCAGAAGCGCCGCCGGACGAGGUCAACGAGACAAACGACUCUUCUGCAGGCAGCUACGAGACUUGCACCUCCGCCGCGGAGGCCGGCGGUGACCCCGGGAUGAAUUCGGGGCCCGCGGCCUCCACCGAAGUCAGCUCCUCCUCCUCCGACGACGACGAGGAGGAGCCCCCCGACGCGGCGUGCCGCGUGGCACAGCACGCUCCGGGCCUCGCCGUCUCCUUCCACUUCUGGGACGUGGGCGGGCAGGAGAAGCUGCGGCCGCUGUGGCGCUCGUACGUGCGCGGCGCCGACGGGCUGGUGUUCGUGGCGGACGCGUCGGACCCCGAGCGGCUGGAGGAGGCGCGGUGCGAGCUGCUACGCGUGUCGCGGCUGCCCGAGUGCCAGGGCGUGCCGGUGCUGGUGGCGGCCUCCAAGAGCGACUUGCCGGGAGCGCUGCCGGCCGACGAGGUGGGGCGGCGCGUGGGCGCCACUCAGCUGUCGCCCCACACGGCGUGGCGCGCGCAGGCGGUGAGCGCGCGCACCGGUGCCGGCGUGGCCGAGGCGCUGCACCAGCUGCACGAAGUGAUCGCCGAGGGUCGCCGGCUGGCGAGGAUGCACAAGCGCAAGCGGCCGCGGUGAUGCGUGGACCCCAGCGCUCACCGCGGCCACCGCUGGGUGCUGCCUCGUGGAACCAGGAUUUCAUUUUAGCCUGGUCGUUCCUUUUGGCUUGGCGAACCGAAAAAUAUUUCUACACCCAGCACACCGCAUCCAGUAAAACUUUCGCUAUGGCUGUGGCUAAAACUCACACGCCACCUUCUCAAGCCUAUUAAUGACCCGGAAAACAUCUCCACACCCAACGCACCGCAUCCAGUCUACCUCUCGCUAUGGAUGUGCCUACAAUUCAGUGAGAAAAUGAAGCCCCGCGCGUGACUCUAAACGUGGACCCACGACGGAUUCACGGUGCGUGGUCUGGGUGCGUGCGAGCGUUUGGGGUGCACAUGUAUGGUGCACUGUACAACUGUGUGGACAUUUUUUUUAUUUUGUAAAUACAGUGCGUAAUUGAACUGUAAUUUCAUAUGCAGGUUUUCUAGUGCGUGCGCACGCAGAGUGACUGAGCGUUGUGUGGCCAGGGUGUAAAGUGACACGGCGUCGUCUAUUGCUGUGAAGAACCGGCGUAGGGAGUUUAUUUUUGCCAGCCCUAUGUUUUGCUUCUUGUUGAUUGAAGCUGCGGCAAUUUGCACACGAAGAAUGCCUCGAUUCACUUCGAGAUGGGUGGUGGUGGUGGUGGCGGUGCACUUGGUCACAGCGAGCAACACCGCGACGUUCCUGGUUGAUAAUCUCGUGGCGUUGGCGGUUGUGGUCGACUGUUCUGUGCCACCAACAAUGUAUCUUUCAAAUCGGCAGCGUUUCUGGCACCAUUAAUAAUAAUGCUUGUAACCUUUGACCUAAAAGAGACUUUUAAUUAUUUCUGAGAAAAGUCUCCCUGAGUCUCAGGAUUGUUGAACGGAUCGUCCUGCCUGGAAUGCGUGGCUCAUCCUUUCGUGAGGAGUGUGGUGGGCCUAUGAUCCGAGUCAACGUUUCAGGCUCGUGCCGAGUGUUCUCUCUCCUUGCAGCAAUAAAUGCCCUUCCCACGGUCGCACGCUCUGAGUGCGAGUCCGAUGGCUGUCACGUGCUGUCUGUGGAAUCGUGUCGAUUAUGCGCACUUUACAGAAUUUCUUAUUUUUGGCGGACGUGCAAAUGAGAUGAUGCAAUUGUCCGCAGAAGCUGAAACCAUACAUUGUACCACACGUGUAAUUUCUUUAAUCGCAGCAUUCGUUUACAAUCCGUUGCCACUGUCUUGUGGCAUCAAGUUAUGGUUUUGUCGACCGUUUGCCUGAAUUAUCCGGCAAAGAGCAGCCAGACAAUGCAGGCAAACAGCACCACAAGGCUGCUGCCCGCGAAGUCAUCAAGUGCACGUCUCGCGCAUACAAACGUCACGCCACAUUCGUGCAGAGCUGCAGGAGCUGCAGGGUCGCACGCCGGGAUGCACUCUUCCGCCAAACACAAUGCUCCGCCAGCGCUGUUGUGCGUAUAUAUAUAUAUAGCAACGGGGUCGCUAAAAUUACCCGAUUGUUGUGAAAAAAGGGGUUCUUCCUAUUGUAUACAGUUAAUACAAACAGGUCGCUUACAAACGGGGGAAAUGAGCGGAUCCGGCGGGCGAUGCAUUUGCUGCCGUCGCUGCGGCUGCUGCUGUCACUGCGCGAUGGCCGUCCGAGCCGGCGCCUGUGGACGCUGCUGCAGGUGUUUCCACGCCGUCUGCCGGGCUCGUGAAGGCCGCUCGUGUUUGUUUCGCACCCCGCGGGGAACGCGAGGGGGAUACGAACGAAGGGGUUGGGCGCUGGAGGAAAUGGGAGACCCCCGUGGAGGUUUUUGCUCAUGGGCUCGCGGUAGAUGACUGUCAACUGGCGUCCGUUUGGCAAAGGGGAAAUUUGUAAGCUAGGAAAUGGUCGCGUUCCCGACGAAUUGCAGCAGUGACAUUGGUGGACUGGAGUUGGUGAGAUUGGUAAAUCUCAAAAUGGGAAUAUUGACACAUCAGCUGGCCUGCCGUUGACACGCGGGGGCUGUGGUCAGAUGUGUAAUGCAUCUUGGGUCUAAUUUUUGCGUUGGUGUAAAGGCAGCCUCAGACAUGAUUUGUCAUCAAAUUGUUGAUGUGUUUUGUCGAUUUGGCCACUUUUCUGCCACAAGAACCGAUUAUAACCACUUUCUCACCAUGACAUGAACUAUCAGUGACAUGUUUCACGUCCAAAGCAGUCAAAAGUGAAAAACACGAAGCUGAAAACGCCAUGAGAAGUGAUUCGUGGUGCAUCCGGUACCUGCUGUGGUUUCUCUGCCUGGGAGGACGUUCGGUCGUGCGCGCAUAAAUCAACAACCGCAACAACUUUGCAUUAUCGGCGUGUGCUUUAUUAUUAUUAUCGAGAAUUGCACGACACUCAAGCUUUAGGGCCGAGCUGGAAAUAACAAUGUUUUAUUCGCAAUCAAAAAUGCCUGCAGCGUUCUGCUUUCUGCAAAGCUUCGCGGUAAUGGGCCUUUGCUCUUUGUGUCGCUGUACACAGCCGUGCGCGUGGUGAUUUUUCGCCUGCAGAAAGAAAGUCACUUUAGCUGAGCCGCGCAGGCCUCUGCCGCUUGGACGCAACUCAAACGUGAAGCGUGGCGAAGAAGGCCCGUGCCGUGCGCCGCGCGAUUCCGGGCGUGAAGAGGUGAAGAGCACGCACGCAGCAGGACGCGCCGCAAAUAUGCGGCGCUGUCAGUGGGAGCAGACGUGGCAGUCAUACAGUGGCAGAACUGGUUCCAUGAGAGUCUUGCCUGGUCUGGUAUUUUCGGUUUGUUCAAAGAGAAUGUUUAUUAAACGAUGUGGUUAUAUCUCUC